UGCAGUCGGUCAGAGCAGAGCACAGACCCAAAGCUCCAGUUGUCCUGCUCAGCCUGCAGCUGCAGACAGAUGCAAAACACCUUGAAGGAAGCGAUCAUUUGGCUGUAUGUUUGUGCAGAAAGAUGGGUUCCUGCAGCUCCAACGUGAAGAACGUCCCAAACGCUCAGAAACUCGUGCAGGAAACUGGUUUCUCCUCCUCCCACCUCCUCCGGCUCUACGAGAGGUUUGAGUCUCUGGACAGAGAAAACCGAGGACACCUCAGGAAGGAGGAUUUUCAAGCUGUUCGGGAGCUUUCCAUGAAUCCUGUUGGAGACAGAAUCAUUGGUUCCUUUUUCUCACCAGGACAGGAAACGGUGGACUUUCCCUCUUUUGUCCAAGUCCUGGCUCACUUUCGUCACACUGAGAACGACCGGAUCAGAGAUGGAGCACAGAAAGAGCCAGCCAACAGCACUGCCAGGAGGCUCAAAUUUAUGUUUCAGCUGUAUGAUCAGGACAGAGAUGGAAAGAUUUCGAGAGCAGAGCUCCUGCAGGUGCUGAGAGAAAUGCUGGGAAUGCAGGUGACAGAGGAGCAGCUGCAGAGCAUCGCAGAGCGGGCCAUCCAGGAGGCCAACCAGGAGGCCAACCAGGAUAAAGAUGAUGCCAUCUCCUUUGAUGAGUUCAGAAAGUCAAUGGAAAAAGUGAACAUCGAUCACAAGAUGAGUAUUCGCUUCCUGGAAUAAAGACACAAUGUGAUGUGGUUUUAGCUUUAAAACAAGACAAAUAUUCAGCAGGAGUUUAGAAAGCUCACCAAAGAAGCAAUCAGCUGAUCAGAUCAUGCCUAACUGUAGCUGGAAUACGUUUAGAGGUUGUGAGUUAAAGACUACAUAGAUGACUGCUCCAGCAUCUCUGAAGAGUAAAACAUACAUCAAAGACAGUCCUCAAUGAUAAUCAUAAUAUUUUUAUUUAUUUAAAGACACAAACCUGACUGAGAUACAGAAUCUUGAUUGCAGGAGCAGCAGAACAAACGUACAAGAAUACUUCAAUGUUUUUGUUUUUAUAGAUGCUAGUUUGUGCCUCUGCACCUUCAUUUUGGUGGAUUAUUCUUCUACAUUGCUGCCCUGAAUAUUACUUUCCUCCAUUAAAAAAAAGAUACCAA